GACGAACGUCUCCUAAGGGUGACGGGAAAACACUGUACCUCACAUCUCUGAAGUCAGCCUCCGGUAUAAAAGUCACCGACUUGGUUAUCCCCCCCCCAGCCGCUGAACGAGGGGCUCCCCUUUGCAUCGGAGGGGAUCGGCACAUUUUGUUUCACUCAAACGGAUUUUUAAUUUGGACAAGCAUUUUUCUCCUUUAAAGAUUCACGUAAAUAAAGCUUAAUACAUUGCUUUUUUUUAAUCGUAACUGAAAGUGUUUUGAGACUGAGGGAAAAGGCGACUGGCCCGUGAAGCCGGUUUGCCCCCCUCCCCCGAAGAACAAACGCGAUAUUCAUGUGCAGGCGGGGAAUCGCAGAGGCGGCUCCGGACACCACCCAGACUCUGUGCCAGGCUGACUGCGCCCCGGAUUCUCAUUCCCAGCCUCCCGCCCUGAUCCACGCCGGGAACCAUGAAACUCACCGCAUACUUGCUCUGCCUUUCGUGCGUGAGUCUGGUCUUAGGCCAGCUCCCCAUCGGAAAAAGGAAUUUUAAAUGUGGAGGAAUUCAAAGUGGAGUGUCAGGUUUCAUUGGAAGUGAGGGAUUCCCUGGACUCUACCCGCCCAACAGCAAAUGCACAUGGAAAAUCACGGUACCAAAAGGCCGGGUUGUCGCUCUCAAUUUCCGUUUCCUUGAUCUGGAACGUGACACACUCUGUAGGUACGACUACGUUGAUGUUUACGAUGGACACGUCAAUGGCCAGCGGUUGGGCAGAUUUUGUGGUACUUCAAAGCCUGGCGCCAUCAUCUCAACUGGCAACAAAAUGUUGGUCCAGAUGGUAACCGAUGCCAACACUGCAGGAAGUGGGUUUGUUGCUAUGUACUCUGCAACUCGGCCAAACCAGAGAAAUGAUCAGUUUUGUGGUGGUCGUCUGGAAAAAUCACCUGGCUCCUUUAAAACACCCAACUGGCCAGACUAUGACUACCCAGCCGGAGUCUCCUGCUCAUGGCACAUUGUGGCACCCAAACAUCAGAUAAUUGAGUUAAAAUUCGAGAAGUUUGAUGUUGAAAGAGACAACUACUGCCGAUACGAUUAUGUUUCUGUGUAUAAUGGUGGUGAAAACAAUGAUGCAAAACGAAUUGGCAAGUUCUGUGGAGAUAGCCCUCCAGCGCCAGUUCUGUCGCAAGAAAAUGAAAUAGUCGUGCAGUUCCUCUCGGAUCUGAGUGUCACAGCUGAUGGCUUUCUGGCUCACUACAAAUUCAGAUCAAAGAAGUUUCUCAGCACAACUGCACCAGUCACAGCACCAACCAUAACAACCGUGAAACCAACUGUACCUCCUUGUCAACUGAAAUGCAGAAGAAGUGGAACAAUAGGAAGCAAUUACUGUAACAGUGACUUUGUGUUAACUGGGACAGUUAUAACUGCUGUAACACGCAAUGGGAGUAUCCACACAACUAUCUCUAUUAUAAAUAUUUAUAAAGAAGGGACACUGGCAAUUCAACAGGCAGGGAAGAACAUGAGUGUCAAAAUAAUCGCAGUCUGCAAGAAGUGUCCAAUUAUUAAACGAGGACUGAAUUACAUUUUCAUGGGGCAAGUGGAUGAAGCAGGAAGAGGCAGAGUGCUUCCCAACAGCUUUGUUGUGCCCUAUAGAUCAAAGAACCAAAGGUUUCUCAACAACUUAAAAAACAGACGAUGCUAAACACAAACAAUGUCAACAGUGACUUUACCUUCUAUUUAUGAUGCAAGAAAUCUUUCACCGAUUUUUCUUUAAUUCAUUACAAAGUGCUCUUCCUAACUGAUAGGAGAUAUUCGAAUGCUUCUAUUUACCAACAGAAUAAGUUUGAUGGAAUAUAUCUAAUUAAAAUGAUCCCAAGAAUGUGGAUGUUUGCUAUGGGUAUUUUAAUCCUCAAACUAGUAGAGGAAAGUCUAGACAGAAAGGUUAGCCCCAGAUUCACUCUGGCUUUGGAACUGUCUAUUUAUAACAGUGAUGACAGAGAUUGAACCUAUGUUUAUCUUAUAUACUUUUAUAUCAAAAUAGAUGGUCUUAAGUGCAAUAACAAUGUACAGCAGCAAAUGGUGAUGUAUUGUAAUUGUUUUAAUCUUGUUUUAUUCAACUGUCACUGUUUGCAAAAUGUAUCUGCUGCUUAAUAAAAAAAAUGGUAUAUUUGGAACU